AACAGUUAACAAAAAGUUUCAGAGUAGUUGGUAGCUUUGAUGCAACAAUCUUUCUAUCACCAACUUAAUGGCAAUUGCUGUUAGUUCGUAAAAUUUUUAAAAAUCCACAGGGUUUUAGCCCAUCUCCGAACUUUUUACUAUUAAAUAUAUAAAUUUGUUAAUCUUACAUCAUGGCUGACAAAGUUGAAGAGCAAGUUAAAAAGAAGAGAACUUUCAAAAAGUUCACCUUCCGUGGUGUAGAUUUGGACCAAUUAUUAGAUAUGCCAAACGAACAAUUAAUGGAAUUGAUGCAUUGUCGUGCUAGAAGGCGUUUCACGAGAGGUUUGAAGCGCAAACCAAUGGCUUUGGUUAAAAAAUUGCGCAAAGCCAAGAAGGAAGCUCCUCCAUUAGAAAAGCCAGAAAUUGUUAAAACUCAUUUACGCAACAUGAUCAUCGUCCCAGAAAUGGUUGGCUCGAUUGUAGGUGUUUACAAUGGUAAAGCCUUUACACAGGUUGAAAUUAAACCUGAAAUGAUUGGACAUUAUCUUGGUGAAUUCUCUUUAACUUACAAACCUGUUAAACAUGGUAGACCAGGUAUUGGUGCUACCCACAGUUCUAGGUUUAUUCCUCUCAAAUAAAUUAUUUUUUGUUAUUAUGUAGGUUAACAAUAAACAAUUUAUGAGAGGGA